AUGGCAUUUUCACCCAGGGGUGGUUUUCUUUUGGGCAAUCGCUCGCCUGGCAAUUCUAUUUCUAAUCCUCCCUCUUCUUCCUUUUCACAUCCUGCCCACACGCCAAAUCACAAUCACAACCACAACCACCACACCGACGAGAAGCAUACCACCCUGGCGACGUCACAACAACAAAAAUCGCCACCACCGCGCCAUCACCAAAACCUGAAUUCUUUUUCUGGUCGCCCGCAGUGCUUGGACAACCAUUCUCGGUAUCCCUCUGCACCACUCGCGAUCCGAAAGGAUGACGAUAGCAGGGCUGCCCACGACAGUUCCACCAGCAACAUUACCGGAGGCAGCAACGGCAAGGGGAAACCUCAAAACGGGGCCCACCUCGGCGCCUACACAAACCACAACAUCAUGGUUGCACAACACCGGCAGAAGCAGUUGGGUUUAGUUGACGGCCCCCAACGUCCCGAACCCCCCGUGUUCAACAAGUUCGUCACCGCAGCCGCAACACCUACCGUCUCUCCGACCCUGACGCCGUCGACCACACUACUCAGCUCCAGCUCGAGCACAGUCACCAGCCUACACAGGCCCAUGACUCCCACGAGUCCUGUUCGCAUUCCCGCUUCCAAGAACCAGCGCGGCGAGAAGCGGUACCACGAUACCCACAAACACCAUCACCAUGGUCGAGGCAGGAAAACUCCUUCGCAGAAAUGCCCGGGCCACAAACCGGAUGCAAUCUCGCCCUCGGUGGCGGCUUUGCUCGCCAUCACCAACAUACCCCGUUCUAGGGCCACUAGAGUCCAGGCCCUCGCAGGUAGGGCUACGGGUCAGUCCCGCGAGGAGAGCAUGACUGUAGACGCCAUCAUCCAGCGUGUGCAGCGGAAUGAGAAGGAGAUCAGCUUGACCCUCUCCCGGAGUCCCAUGGAUCUUCUACUCAGCUCACCCGACGAUGGCAUGGACGACAGUGACUGCCUCUCAUUUUCUGAUGAUUUUGACGACAACGCGUCGCUGGUAAGCAGCACGCCGAGCCGCGUCAACGUCUCCGCCCGCACCGUUUCUGACGAUUCAGUUUCGUCCCUCGACGAUUCUUUUACCAGUGGGAGUACACUCUCCCCCGUUCUGUCUCCCGGGACACCUGGUACCCCAUUUACAAACUACACUCCUUCAACUUUUGGGAGCUCCUAUCGUCGCAAGAGCCCGCGCGUCCCUUUGCGACGUCGACCGGAGCCUUUGUCUUCACCUCCGGGAAGUGCCGCCUGUGACCCGUUGGCCUCUCCGUCGCCAACUAUUGCAUCAGUCGACCAACUCGAUUUCCGUGUGUUCAGCGAUGAGCAACAGUCUGGCUCUGAGGAUGAUAAAAAGUCCGAUUCCAGUUUUAAGCCGCUCAAGUCGGCCUUUAAAAGUAACCUUACGGCCUCGCUGAGGGCCUUGCGCAAUGCAGCCCGCUCCAUCUCUAACCUGGGCAUUGCUUCGAUACCCCCCGAGGACUUCCUCACGCGGUCUAUAUUGACCAUCGACCCCCGCGUACCUUUCACCGACGAGCGGAGGCCACCUCAAUUGGAGGAAGAGCCCAGUGCGGCUCUUCGUCGCUAUCUCAACCCAACCACCACUGCCCGCAUGGAACUACGUCCUGCAGAGUCUGACUCAUCUGCAACUCCGACCCGGCCUAACUUUACAGCUUCUAUUCAGAUGCAGACUUACAAAGUUCGACGCUCACGGUCUGGAUCUCACCAUGGCACGUCUCCGUCGUCCCCCCGCGGUAUUCCCAGUCCGAAUCCGCAAAAGUCCACAACCGGCGAGGCGGGGCCGCAGUCUCCGGAGUCUACCCCUAACGCGACGUCACCUUUGGCGCUACCUGGUCGACAGCGCGAAAUGCGUGAGAACUCCGACUUCAUCCGGAUCGCCGUUAUGGAAAUGGCUAUGCGGAAACGUGGCAAGCUGAGCGACCAGCGACCGGGCCGAGCACGCUGGGCACUACCACCCCGAAAGACAAGCAGUAAGGAGUAUGAGAUUGGGCCCGACGGUGUCCCUGCCCGCUGGGUGCCUAUUAUUGCUACAUCCUGA